AUGGGUUUUCUCUUUGGUUUGUUCAUAGGAAUCGCGGUUUCUUUCGGUUUGGUCGUCGCAUUUGCUCGCUACUCUAGUGUCAGAUCCACUCGUCGAGCUGAUUUGGCAAAGACCAUUGCUGCAUUUGCAAGAAUGACAGUUCAAGAUUCGAGAAAACUUCUCCCGGGAGAUUUUUAUCCUUCUUGGGUUGUGUUUUCUCAGAGACAAAAUUAAAUUGGCUUAAUCUUGAACUUGAAAAGAUCUGGCCUUAUGUAAAUGAGGCAGCUUCUGAGCUGAUUAAAAGCAGUGUGGAACCAGUACUUGAACAGUAUACACCAGCUAUGUUAGCAUCUCUCAAGUUCUCUAAAUUCACACUUGGGACUGUGGCUCCUCAGUUCACAGGAGUUUCUAUCUUAGAAAGUGAAAGUGGACCUAAUGGAAUCACAAUGGAACUUGAAAUGCAAUGGGAUGGUAAUCCAAAAAUCGUGUUGGAUGUCAAAACCUUACUUGGCGUGUCUCUACCUAUUGAGGUCAAAAACAUAGGAUUCACAGGUGUUUUCAGGCUGAUUUUCAAACCUCUUGUUGAUGAAUUCCCUUGCUUUGGGGCACUUUCUUAUUCACUCCGCGAGAAGAAAGGGCUUGAUUUUACCCUCAAAGUUAUAGGUGGUGAAUUAACAUCAAUUCCAGGGAUUUCAGAUGCAAUCGAAGAAACUAUUCGUGACGCCAUUGAAGACAGUAUAACAUGGCCAGUUAGGAAAAUUAUACCUAUUUUACCAGGAGAUUACAGUGAUCUGGAGUUGAAACCUGUUGGAAAAUUGGAUGUGAAGGUUGUGCAAGCAAAGGACUUAGCUAACAAAGACAUGAUUGGAAAAUCUGAUCCUUACGCUAUUGUAUUCAUUCGCCCUUUGCCUGACAGAACCAAAAAGACCAAAACUAUUAGUAACUCGUUGAAUCCGAUUUGGAAUGAACAUUUUGAGUUCAUUGUGGAAGAUGUCUCAACUCAACAUUUGACAGUAAGAGUCUUUGACGACGAAGGAGUUGGAUCUUCUCAGCUUAUUGGGGCUGCUCAAGUACCGUUAAAUGAACUCGUACCCGGGAAAGUUAAAGAUAUUUGGUUGAAGUUAGUCAAGGAUUUAGAGAUCCAAAGGGAUACAAAAAAUAGGGGUCAGGUGCAGUUGGAGCUCUUAUAUUGUCCCUUAGGCAAAGAAGGCGGAUUGAAGAACCCGUUUAACCCGGACUACUCAUUGACCAUUUUAGAGAAGGUACUGAAGCCGGAAAGCGAGGAUUCGGAUGCCACGGAUAUGAAAAAACUGGUGACCUCGAAGAAAAAAGAUGUGAUAGUGAGAGGAGUGUUGUCUGUGACAGUGGUGGCAGCUGAAGACUUACCAGCUGUAGAUUUUAUGGGAAAAGCAGAUGCAUUUGUGGUAAUCACAUUGAAGAAAUCAGAAACGAAAUCCAAGACAAGGGUAGUACCGGAUAGCUUGAAUCCGGUUUGGAACCAGACGUUUGAUUUUGUAGUGGAAGAUGCUUUGCAUGAUCUAUUGACGCUUGAAGUAUGGGACCAUGACAAAUUUGGCAAGGACAAGAUAGGGAGAGUGAUAAUGACAUUGACGCGAGUGAUGUUAGAAGGAGAGUUUCAAGAGUGGUUUGAGUUAGAUGGAGCUAAAUCAGGGAAGCUUUGUGUCCAUCUUAAAUGGACUCCUAGGCUUAAGCUCAGAGACGCCUCUUGA